GAAGUACCUUUCACUUGACGCCUUGCUGUGCAUGAUACUACAGAUAAAAUGCUUUAUCUUAAUGUUGUACUCGUAAAAGUAGCACGCAGACAUUGGAUAUGUCUGCUAUGGGAAGAAUAAUGCCCAUGUAGGCGGAGGUGUGAGCUGUUGUUUCGGUGGAGACCGCUCGCUUCUUUGGUUUUUGUCAGCGGGAUUGCCGUCCUUAUCCAAGCGCACCGACUCAGACCAUCUGCUCCGCCAGAACCCGCAGGGGGCCGUGAGAGCACCGGGCCAGCGUGGGCUUCGUACGCACCGCAGAGAAGAUGAAUAUCCAGGUUCUGCCAGAACACAAGCUCUCGUCGGUGGCCCCGCUGAAACAGUGCAAUGUGGAGAAAAAAGACGUAGAACUGAUACUGGUGAAGGACCAGAAUGGCGUCCAGUACACCAGUUCCUCCAUCAUUCCCACCCCUGGCCACCGCGCAGGUCCUCCCGGAUCCGAGGACGAUCGGGAAACUUGGGGCAAAAAAAUAGACUUUCUCCUGUCGGUCAUUGGCUUCGCGGUGGACCUGGCCAAUGUUUGGAGAUUUCCUUACUUGUGCUACAAAAAUGGAGGAGGUGCUUUUUUGAUCCCCUACAUUCUUUUCUUGGUCAUUGCGGGGAUGCCAUUGUUCUACAUGGAACUUGCCUUGGGCCAGUAUAACAGGGAAGGGGCAGCUACAGUUUGGAAAAUAUGCCCUGUUUUUAAAGGUGUGGGCUACACAGUGAUCAUCAUAGCCCUGUAUGUUGGCUUCUACUACAAUGUCAUCAUUGCCUGGUCCCUCUACUACCUGUUCUCCUCCAUGACCAAUGAGCUGCCAUGGCUCAAAUGUGGCAACAGCUGGAAUAGUCCGAACUGCACCGACCCCAAAUCCAUCAACGGAUCCCUCCUCGGCAAUGGAACGUCUUACGCCAAGUACAAGAUCACCCCAGCAGCAGAGUACUAUGAACGGGGUGUGCUACAUCUCCAUGAGAGUAGGGGUAUCCAGGACCUGGGCCUGCCUCGCUGGGAGCUGACCUUGUGUCUGGUGGUGGUGGUCUUCAUCCUAUACUUCAGCCUUUGGAAAGGUGUCAAGUCCUCUGGGAAGGUGGUGUACAUCACAGCUACCAUGCCCUAUGUGGUCCUUUUCGUUUUGUUGAUUCGAGGCAUAACUCUACCAGGGUCCAUGGACGGCAUCAGGGCCUACCUCCACAUCGACUUCAAGCGGCUCAACAAUCUAGAGGUGUGGAUUGAUGCUGCCACCCAGAUAUUCUACUCACUAGGAGCAGGAUUUGGGGUGCUCAUUGCAUUUGCCAGUUAUAACAAAUUUGACAACAACUGCUACAGGGAUGCUCUCUUGACCAGUACUGUGAACUGUGUCACCAGUUUCUUCUCAGGGUUUGCCAUAUUUUCUGUACUUGGAUACAUGGCUUAUAAACAUGGGGUCAAAAUUGAAGAUGUGGCAACAGAAGGGGCAGGAUUGGUGUUUAUCAUCUACCCUGAAGCAAUUUCUACGUUGCCUGGUUCAACAUUUUGGGCUAUUGUGUUCUUCAUCAUGUUGCUGACUUUGGGCAUUGACAGCUCGAUGGGUGGCAUGGAGGCAGUCAUCACAGGCCUGACAGAUGACUUCAAGAUCCUCAAGAGAAACAGGAAGCUCUUCACCUUUGCCACAGCCUUUGGAACCUUCCUGGUUGCCCUUCUCUGCAUUACUAAUGGUGGGAUCUACGUGCUGACGCUGUUAGAUAAGUAUGCAGCAGGGACAUCGAUACUGUUUGGUGUGUUGAUCGAGGCAAUUGGAGUGUCAUGGUUUUAUGGUGUGGACCGCUUCAGUGAAGAUAUCGAGCGAAUGAUGGGCUUCAAGCCAGGACUCUACUGGAGACUAUGCUGGAAAUUUGUCAGCCCAGCUUUUCUGCUGUUUGUGGUAAUAGCCAGUACUGUGACAUCAUCAGGCCUGAAGUAUGAUGACUACGUUUUCCCUAACUGGGCUAACAUAGUUGGCUGGGGUGUGGCCAUGUCCUCCAUGCUAUUUGUCCCCUUCUACGCCAUUUAUAAAUUCUGCAGUGUACCAGGAACAUUCAAAGAGAGGAUAGCCUAUUGCAUCACUCCAGAACAUGAACAUCAUUUGGUGGCUGAGGGAAAUGUACGGCAGUUCACACUCAAGCAUUGGUUGGCCAUCUGAUGACAAAUUCUCAGAAGUCCCUCGUCCAUCCUCACAUCUGGUGUUUGGCGUUCCUGUUUGGCGUUCCUGUGUACCACCAGUGGUUGGAAAGACAAGGAGAGCAACAGGCUCCAACCUCUCUCAGCAGCCUCAAUCAUCUCCCUGUGCAUUUACUACCGAAGGCCUUUGUUGUCAACAGUAGCUUCAAGCACUUUGAUUUCAGAGUUAUGCCUGUUAAUGUUUUGAAACCUAUUCAACACCUUUAGCUCACAGGGGACAGGCACCCUAUGGGUAAAAUGUAUUGUUAGUUACCCAUGGACAUCAUUACCUUUUUACAGAAACUACAAUUAAAGCCAAAACAAUCCAAUUUUCCCACAUAUGCCUAUACAGGGGACCCAAACAUUUACAUUUUUGAACUUUUCCUAGGCCUAUGAUUAUUUAUUAUUAUAUAUUAUAUGUUAAUUUUGGCUGUUCUGUUGGCUGAGUGGCUUAUCUGUGUCAGUGCCUUAUCAAGCAAGACACUCCAGGUUUCUUACAGUCCGUACAGGAAGAAAUGACAAACUGUGUUGACUCAGGAAUCCACCAAAUCAAUCACAGUUUGUGGCUGCCAAACUCGAUUUGACCCAGUUUAUUAAUACUCAAGUCAAAACGCUGAAGGCCAACAAAGUAUUAAGGCCAAACUCCUUAAGAAAGACAAAACCGGCCUGAUAUAAUGCUUUUGUAUUGCAUUCUGUUAAAGAAAAGGGAAUACUGCAUGCAUCACUACAAAGUUUUAAAAGAACUGAAGCAGGGUCCAUUCACCUCUUAUGCUUCGAAUGGCCAGGCUCAAAAAACCCUCUGUUGUGUUUCCCCUAUAUGCAUUCCACAGCAGCGCAGUUUUGUCUCAUCAAAUGCAAUAAACUCAAACACUAUCUCUACUUUAAGCAGCAAGCGUCUCUCAGUAGCCUCAAUCAUCUCCCUGUGUAUUUCACCUACCAGACAUUGCCACCAUUUAUGAGACUUUUAUCGGUUGUUCAAACGCUCAGCUGGGGGCAACGAAGGCUCUGCUGCCAGUCGCGCCACCUACCUAUUACAACGAAGUUCAGUGAAGACGCAGAGAUGGAGCAGAACAAAAAGGUACGCCACUCCUCCUUAUCAAAGGGGGUACCUUCUUUGUCUCUAUGGAAAGUCUGUUAUUUAUCUAACUCAAUGAUGUAAUAUCUAGUGGGGACAUGUCCUCAAUAUCCUGUUUUUGCCCCACCUCCACACCACACACCCUUUUUUUAAUACAGUGAAACACAGCGGUAGCUCUCUAAAACAUUAAUUUACAUUAGUCCUCUUAAACGUAUACACACAUGUGUUAUGAUGAUAGUGUUGUGUGCAACAGAUCUACCAGUGCUAGUAUAGCUUAUAUCUCUAUAAGGGUUAUGGGUUAAACAUGGGUUAUGGGUAGAAACGUCAGUAGCAAAUAUUGGAUCAAAUUCAGGGUUUAUUAAUCAAUGUAACGUCGCCUAUGCCUAGAUGGCGAGGGUUUCUACUAGGUUAGGUUUUCUGUUUUGAUUUGAUUAG